CUGCAGGAAGACAGACAACGCCAUUUCUACGCACUACAGUCCCAGACCGAGUUCCGAGUGUUUUCGCAAACUCUAUCGUCCUGCAAUAUGUGUAUAUGAUUAUUCGUCUGUUGUUUCUGCAUUAGUCUGAGAUUUGCGCUCCCGCUGGAUGAAUCGGUCUCUCAUUGGUAGGAACUUCUCUCGUCGCGCUCCGGAAGACCAGAGAGAGGACGCAUAAUCACACAACCGGUCCGGCUGCCCGAUUCCAGCACUAAAUCCUUGCUAUAAGGCAGAGGAAAAUAUAUUGGCUUUGGAUUUGACCUGGUGGCUUUGGGAAACGCACCCUGUUUCGGUAGUGGGUGAUCUGGAUGUUCCGCAGAACGGAUGCGUGAGGACAUGUCGAGCAUGGUGUGUGUGAAGGAGACGGAGGACCAGGGGGACCCUGGCGAGAAGCUGUCACAGGAUGAGCUGCUCAGUCGGACACGGGAGGUCAUGCAGGGACUGGAGGCGCUCCGUGCCGAACAUCAGGCUAUCCUGGAGGGGCUGAUGGGGACCUUGCGCUGCCUCAAACAGAGUCAGGAGGGUCGUGCUGUGGAGGAGAAGACGACCAUGAUCCAGCGGUCACUGGAGAUGCUAGAGCUGGGCCUUAGCGAAGCACAGGUGAUGAUGGCUCUCUCAGGACACCUGAGCGCAGUAGAGGCAGAGAAACAGAAGCUUCGUGCACAGGUGCGCAGAUUGUGUCAGGAGAACCAGUGGCUAAGGGACGAGCUGGCAGGAACCCAGCAACGGCUGCAGAAGAGUGAGCAGAGCGUGGCCCAGCUGGAGGAAGAGAAGAAACAUCUGGAGUUCAUGAACCAGCUCAAGAAAUAUGACCAGGACCUGAGCCCAUCUGAUGAUAAGGACUCUGAUUCCAGUAGGGAGACACUGGAUGAUCUUUUCCCGGAUGAGCAGGAUGAGCCGGGUCCUGGAAUUCAGCCUUCUCACAGCAGUGCAGCAGCAGCAGCACAGCAGGGUGGGUACGAGAUCCCCGCUCGCCUCAGAACCCUCCACAACCUGGUGAUCCAGUAUGCCUCACAGGGCAGGUAUGAGGUGGCCGUGCCUCUCUGCAAACAGGCUCUAGAGGAUCUGGAGAAAACCUCUGGACACGACCAUCCUGAUGUAGCCACCAUGCUCAACAUUCUCGCCCUUGUUUACAGGGACCAGAAUAAAUACAAAGAGGCAGCAAACCUCCUUAACGAUGCACUGGCCAUCAGAGAGAAGACACUGGGCAGAGAUCACCCUGCGGUGGCUGCUACACUGAACAACCUGGCUGUUCUUUAUGGCAAGCGAGGGAAGUACAAGGAAGCAGAGCCUCUUUGUAAAAGGGCAUUGGAGAUAAGAGAGAAGGUGCUGGGAAAGGACCACCCUGAUGUUGCAAAGCAAUUGAAUAAUCUGGCUUUGCUGUGUCAGAAUCAAGGCAAGUAUGACGAGGUGGAAUACUACUAUCAGAGAGCCCUGGAGAUCUACCAGACCAAACUGGGCCCUGACGACCCCAACGUGGCCAAGACCAAAAACAACCUGGCAUCAUGCUAUCUGAAGCAGGGGAAGUUUAAGCAGGCAGAGACUCUAUAUAAAGAGAUCCUCACCAGAGCCCACGAGAGAGAGUUUGGCUCUGUAGAUGAUGAGAAUAAACCCAUCUGGAUGCAUGCAGAAGAGAGAGAAGAACAGAGCAAGGGCAAGCAGAAGGAUGGUUCUCCAUUUGGAGAGUAUGGUGGCUGGUACAAGGCCUGUAAAGUAGACAGCCCCACUGUCACAACCACACUGAAGAAUCUUGGAGCUCUCUACAGACGACAGGGCAAGCUUGAGGCUGCAGAGACUCUAGAGGAAGCUGCUCUGCGCUCCAGAAAACAGGGUCUGGACACAGCACAUAAACAGCGUGUGGCUGAGGUGCUAGGAGACGCUGAAGUACGAGAGAAGCAGCGGAGCCGAGAGAGCCUCACAUCUGACACGGUCAAGUACGAAAGCGGCCCUGACGGUGGAGAGGAAGUGAGUAUGAGCGUGGAGUGGAACGGGGAUGGCUCUGGCUCACUGAAGCGCAGCGGUUCCUUUAGUAAACUACGGGCCUCUAUCCGACGCAGCAGCGAGAAACUGGUUCGCAAGCUCAAAGGAGGUGGCUUACGAGAAAACGAACCCAAAAAUCCUGGCAUGAAGAGGGCGAGCUCUCUCGGAGUUCUCAACGAGCCGGAUAAACACGUGGGGGAGCUCAAAGAACAAUAUAAUCGUCUAAGGAAAGGGCGGGACCUGAGCUCCAGUCAAACUGACCUGGCGCAUUGAAGGUCUUCUUUAGGACGUCAUGAUGUAGAGAGGUACUAAGACGACUCUAGAGGAAUUCGUGAGUCGUGCUUUCCUGGAAUACCUUCUCUGGAGGUUACUUUUGCUGUCAAGUCGUCAUACACAUAUUUAAUUUAUGGGAAGCUGUUACAACUGUAGCUGUAGAAAAGACAACUCAUGUAACGACUGUCAAACUAUCCUCAACCAGAACCAAAGUGCACAACAAAUUUGAGAGAGGAUCAUGUUCAGCCAUCAUGAACAUUAUUCAGGCUCAGGUUGAGGCUAAACACUCUAAUUGCAUUUUGCUGCUUUUUAUUUUCUUUAAUUAGAGUUCAUAUUCUGUCACUGACAACCUAAAUGUUGUUCAUACAUUGAGUUAAAUCAAAGGACCACAACACUUCUGUAAAGUACCAUCACUGACUGAAUCAAUCAAUUGAAUUCCCUUAAUACAGAACGCACUGCACAGUUUUUAUAAAGUUUUGCAUUUACAUAGGGUGGUGGUUCAAUGAUGCACAUUUUCUUUUACUUUUUGCUUUUAAAAAGUGGGAGGGGCUUGGUCUUAUGUUUUUAUUUUGUGUUUGAAACAAGAAGUUGAGGAAAUGUUCCUCCCUCGUAGUAAAGAAAAAUGGUUUUGAAUGUUUUACGCUGCCAAGGAUUGCUAUAUUUUUCUGAAAAACUAAAUGUUAAGAAUGUGGAUGAAAACUUUCUCAGGACUGAACGAACAGAUUUGGUAUGCAAAGUAACACUGCACUUUGAAUGAUCUCAUAGGAUAAUGUUACACUUGUCAAUUUUUUGCCUGUUACAAAAUGAUAUUGAAUUGUUUACCUCAGUUUUAUCAGUAAUAUCUGUGGUUUGCAUAGAUGGAAAGAUGCUUUCAGUUAAUUUUAGGGGGUUUUCUUCAAGACUUUAGGGCACUUUUGUCCUAAAAUAAAACUUAAAUAUACUUUUCACACUUUCACUAGUUUAUUUAAUGUUUUAUUUCAAUUUCACCACAUCUUAAAUUAAAUGUAUUUAUUUUUUAUUGACAUUCUGUGGUGAAAAUGGCAUUUUAAACAUUACAUAUUUUAAACAAAAUUACAAUUUGAUUGGAAAUGACAUGCAAAUGACAAACAUCUCACAAAAUAACGUGACCUUCAUAUAACAAAAAGAAAAAUCAGUUUUAAUAAAAAUGAACCCCUGGGAAAUAAAAGUGCCUUUAGUUGAAGAAGUAUCAAAUGUUUGGAUAGACUGGUUUCACCUCUCAAACCAGCUCUUUAGCUAUUUGCUAACGAGGUCUGCAUGCUUAAAGGGAUAGUUCACCCAGAAAUGGAAAUUCUCCCAUCAUUUACUCGCCGUCAUGCCAGAUGACUUCCUUUCAUAUGAAAAGUGUAAUAUGACUUCAAUAUGUAGGUCCUCAAAAUGCUAGUGAAUGGUGGCCAGAACUUUUGAAGCUCCAAAAAGCACAUAAAGGCAGCAUAAAAGCAAUCCUUAUGACUUCAGUGGUUAAAUCCAUAUCUUAAGAAGUGAAAUGAUAGGUGUGGUUGAGAAACAGAUCAAUAUUUAAGUAUUUUUAUACACAUUCUUUUGUUUGUUUAUGGGAUUCACAUUCUUCAUGAAUAUCACCACCUACUGGUCGGGGCUGGUCAAAGGUGGAGAUCUAUAUUUACAUUUACCUACAGAGCUGAGAUAUUCUUUUAAAAAUCUUUGUUUGUGUUCUGCAGAAGAAAGAAAGUCAUACACAUCUGGGAUGGCAUGAGGGUGAGUAACUGAUGAGAGUUUUUUUUUUUGGGCAAACUAUCCCUUUAAUAUUGCAAGCUGACUGCAGGAAUUUUAUCUUUGUUACCUUAAUCAUUGGUGAGGUAAAGCAACAGAAUAUUAUUUUACAUGGAGUUAUAAGUCUAUUGCUACUCUAGAUUAAAAAAAAGUAAAAAAUAAAAAAAAUGCACUGGAAUAUUACAAAUGUAAUUCUGUCCCUAGAUGUUUAACUUAAGUGCCUGUUUGAAAGCGAUUGUGCCUUGUGUUUGGCCCGGGCAGGUUUUUUCUUAUUAAUGUGGAAGUGGGUUUGCGUAUUUUGAGUGUGCAACAACAGAGCAAUUUGAGUUCUGUAAGGUCAAAUAUUGGUCAAGAUGUUACAAACUAGAUAAUGAUUUAAAAAAAAAUUGUCAAAGUUAUGUAUCAGCAGCCCAUUAUGUAUCAGUGUAUGAUUUCCUGUAGGAUUUAUGUUAAUAUAAUGCACUGAUACAUGCUACCCUUUAUGCUCAACAGAUCUUCAAGUAGCUUUCUAUUUUGUUUAUUGCUGCAUAUUUCAGCUUUCGUGAUAACUGUGUAAAAACAUUUGUAACUUUUUCACACAGUAAUUGAUUCACUUUGCACAUAUAAGUGUGUUUUGCAUGUUAGUACUCUGCAUUAGGCUGUAUCAUGCAAUAGGAUAGCUGCUUCAUGUUGGCUGGAAUUGAUUGUGCACGCAAUGUUUUACUGACAAAAGCUGGAGUGUUUCAGUAUAUGCACUCUUAAUUAUUAAAGAUAUCAUUUACAUGUUUUGUACAUGCAAUAUCAAGUUAUUUUAUGCCACUAAUUUGAGCUUUGCUACAUAUAUGCUUGUGGGACUAAAUGUGCCCUGCACAUGUUUGAGUUUCAUUUUCUAAUUGUUUAAAGAAUCAUUUUAACUGUUGAUCAGUUUAUAUUACAUUUGGUCACUAUUGUUGUUAUUUUUGUUAAACAGGGUUACUGACAUGGCAUUCACUCCCUGAAGUCAUUUAGGGGAUUUAACACUCAAUUCAUAUGCAUAAUUGUGCAGUUUAUGUCUAAAGUGCAAGAUACAACUUUAUUAAACUUACCAAUUAUAAAUGAAGGACGAUAAGAACAGGGACUGUUGUGACCUGCAUGAUGUAACCCUGAAAUAUUUAUUUUCAUGUUCUGAUUUAUGAUGUUGCAUUUCUACUGUCUGUUUCUGUGUUCUCUCGUUUACUAUGUGGUUAUUGUUUUUACGUUUGUAUGUAUAUCCUAAGAUUCGCACUGGACUCGUGUAACUUCCCCUUCUCAGGCUGCACACUGUGUUGGCUACACUUCAAUUACUGCCAUGUUUGUGGUGAUCUUUUUGGCUCUCUGAGUAUUGUACUGUAUAUUGUACAAACUUGAAUAAAGACAUCAAAAGUAUUCUGCAACAAUGAGAUC